AAAAGCGUGGAGACGUUUGUUCGGACGUGAGGACGACGCGCUUUCAAGUGGUCCAGUCUCUCUUACCCCCCUUCGCACGCCGUUUGGCAGUACUCCUAUGCCAAAGGGCUACAUCAAGGUCUCCAACUACUCGGACGUGUGUGUUCGUGCUGUUCUUGCCGCAGAAAUAACCACAACAAGUGACGCGACUACGGGCAUUGCUGGGAACGUAGGUGUAGGAGCUUUCGGAGUCGACGCCUCGUUGGGUGCCGAGGUGGAGAACAGCAGGAGCAGGACAUUUCAGCCGACGUCCGUGUUCGGAACACCCUCUGCCAGCCAGGUCUUGGCUAAGACAAGUGGUUUCCAUCGGCUGCCGGGGGAUUCUCAGUCUGCUCGCUUCCUGUGGUGCACCGUCUCGAUGGCAUUCACCCCAGAGGACCUACCGAUGGACGACAUCGGGCCGGAACCCGUGUCGACAAAGGUGCUCGCAAGGCAUGGGUACUCGAAAGUCGGCGGACAUGCCUCCCCCGCCUACUUCCAGAAGAAGGCGGGGGGUACGAGACACGAGACCUUGUUUGUCGUUCGAGUGUGGGACAAUGCACCCAUUGCUGCGGGUGAUGCGAAGACGAUAUCCCAGGAGUUGUUUUCGCAGGGGUGCCUAUGGGAUGCUUCCGUCCCCAGCAAAGAUGACGUUGAAAGAAGACUUCACUCGUAUUUGAAUAGACACUCCCAAGCACAGUUUGCCUAG